UCUUUCUGCUCUCUCUUGUUCGUUCUUCUCCCUCCCGCCCCCCGCCACCCUUUCUUGUCUCUCACUCCUGCCCGAAGGUAGAUGGACGUACAGGGUAUCCUCAGAUGGCUCGUGGACGCCAAAAUCCCUGUGGCUAAGGCCAUGCCCCUCGUGAGCGCCUUGGCAGCGGCUGGAGUGCGGGAUUCCCAUGGCAUCGCCUCCUUGGGUGAAGACCGGUUGGCCGACACAGUCACGGACAAGCCGUCGCUGAAGAAGAUUCGCGCCAAGAUAUUCGGCAAAGGGGGCAAACGCUCCGCAGGUGGAAGCGCAUCCACUGAAUGCGGCAGUACCACCAGCAAGAGAGCAAGGCCAUCGGUUUCGGGGGCGGACAAAACCCUUGCAGCGGCUGCUGAGCGUGCGCCUGAGCCUCCGUGUUCUUCGCUCUCGGAUGAGCAACUCGCCAAAGUCGAAAUCAAGAUUAACCGCUCCCCGGUGAUGGUGCUCUGGGCAGCGGAGGUGGCACAGCGACUAUCGUUCGAUUGGAGUGAGGCCAUUACGCUUGGUCGUGCUGUCGCGGAUUGGUUGGCGUUGAAAAAGGGGGAGCAUCUAGGCCUGUUGGAGGCGGAUGAAGAAGCAGAGCGAGCAGCGAUGGAGGAAACCGACAACCUUCCAACCCGUACUGUGGACAUGAUGGGACAAGACUUUACGCUUCGCCGGACGGAGGGUGGGUGGCGUGCGAUCAGCAAAGGCAAGCUUGUGCCAGCGAAAAGGGUGCACGCUUUCCUCUGCAAGGCCUAUGGAGUCAAUCUGGGACCCGCACGUGCGUCCCUUCGGGCUCUAGCGGCGGCGAUACCUCAGCGGCACGUUGAGACGUCGAUACGCACCAUGGUGCUUUACGAGUCGUUUCGGCCGGCGGUCGCGAGGGGGAAGGCUGGGUGGGGACAGUCGGGGAUGUUUCGGAUUGCAACGGUGCUCAAGCUGCGAGACGAGCUUGUGCGGCAAGGGGUGGGUGGCGGCGGUGGUGGUGCUUGUGAUGGCGACGGAGGUGAUCGGCAGGAACAGGCAGGGGCGUCUCCGUCGUGCAAAUGAACAAGAGAGGUGCUUGGGUAGCUUGCCGUUGAUGGCGGAAGGAUUCCCAGCCGUUUCCCUGGGGAAACCUGCUUGGGACCAGAAGGAAGACGCGCUUGGCGUCACGAAGUGAGAUAUAUCUGACACGGCAUGAGGUGGAUGUGUCAAGGUGACCUCUUGCCGCUGUAAUGCAGUGUUCGAGCACUCCUGGUAUGAGUUUGUCGGAACGAUAUUUUUGUGUGAACUGAUCAGGAAAGCGACAGUCUCGGGGAAGUUACUUUUCGCCCGGGGCGUUCUUUUUCAGAAACUAUUUGUAGGUGCCCUCCGGGGCGUCCUCGAAGGAUAUUACGAAACUGCCAUGAUAGGAAUGAAGUGGUCUGCUUAAUCGUUGCGCUCGGAUUGAUAUGUAGCGAUCAAUGAUGUCCACGUGGGACCUUACUGCUUUCGUGAAUUCUUCUCUGACGUAUUUGCCUGUACACGCUCGUUUUCCGUGGACUUCAAGAAAGUGUUGCUGUAUUUUGACAUGCAAUAUGUUUUUUUUCUCGUUGCUCUACUCUGGGCAACAACGCAAAAUUUCCCACUUUGGUUGCGUCGUUUUUUUGUUUAUCGUCAUCGAACGCUCGGACGGAUUCGGUUGUUGCAGUUGUGGAGGUUUCGAGCGGGCAAAGCGCAGCGCCCUGUAAUUUUGGGGGAUGCUCUUGUGUCAAGGUUAGCACUGUUGAGGAUUCCCGUGGUUGCCCAGGAAGUAUCCCAUCUGAUUUGCUUCUCCAAGACGACACGUUGGCAAGUGAGUUUUUGGAUAAAUACCAACUGGGCUUGUUUUUUUUAUGAUGCUGUUGAGUCAAGUUGGGAUC